AAGUCUCUAGUAGCAGGAGGCUGUAUGCAUGUGAGAAUCUGCACGUAGCAUUCAGACUCAGGCUCUUAGAAAGCCAGCCCUAACCACCAGAUGGCCAAGAGUGCACCGAAACAUCACGGAUAGGACGAAGCACCGGACAGACUCAUCUUCUGACCGACAACUGCGCCGAGUCCGCCUGAGUUGAGUCUUCAGAGGAGCCGAAUACCGGGGACACAGGUUGCUCUCGUUAGGGAUGGAGCUACCGUUUUGGUGUUUAUUGUUGCUCAGCUGCCUGCAGUCGCUCUCGGCCCACAAUGACUUCUUCACCUCCACAGGCCAGAUGACAGAUCUGUUAUACACAGAAAAAGACCUUGUCACCUCUCUAAAGGACUACAUCAGAGCAGAGGAGAACAAGCUUGAGCGCGUCAAAAGGUGGGCUGAAAAGUUGGAUUCAUUAUCAGCAGCAGCCACACAGGACCCCGAGGGCUUCUUGGGGCACCCUGUCAAUGCCUUCAAACUGAUGAAGAGGCUGAACACCGAGUGGGGCGACCUGGAGAGCCUUGUGCUCAGUGACACCACUGAUGGAUUUAUUUCCAACCUGACCAUCCAGAGACAGUACUUCCCCACAGAUGAGGACCAGACUGGGGCUGCCAAAGCUCUCCUCCGGUUACAAGACACUUACAGACUGGAUGCCAACACCAUCUCUACAGGAGACCUACCAGGAGUGAAACACAAGAGCCUAAUGACAGUGGAUGACUGUUACGAGCUGGGGAAAAUCGCCUACUCUGAUGUUGAUUACUACCACACCGAGCUGUGGAUGGCCCAGGCCCUGAAACAGCUUGAUCAGGGAGAGGAGUCCACCAUAGAUAAGGUGACAGUGCUCGACUACCUCAGCUAUUCCAUCUACCAGCAGGGGGAGAUAGAGCGAGCCCUGGAGUACACCAAGAGGCUGCUUGAACUGGACCCAGAGCACCAGCGGGCCAAAGGCAACCUGAAGUACUUUGAGUUCCAGUUGGAGAAGCAGAAAAACGCUGCGGAGGAUGUAAGUCAUAAACAGAAGGAGCCAGGGAAAAAAGAAACAGCUGAAAAGCGGAAGAAGCCCAAAAAAGUCUCCAAUCAUUUGAUCCCAGAGAGGAAGAAGUACGAGAUGCUUUGUCGUGGGGAGGGCAACAGAAUGACCCCGCGCAGGUGGAGCCGGCUGUUCUGUCGUUACCAUGACAACAAUCACAACCCCAUGUAUGUGCUGGCACCCGCCAAACAGCAAGACGAGUGGGACCGCCCCUACAUCGUCCGCUACCUUGACAUCAUCUCCGACAAAGAAAUUGAGAGGGUCAAGCAACUGGCAAAGCCACGAUUAAGGCGAGCCACGGUGCAUGACCCACAAACUGGGAAACUUACUACGGCCCAUUACAGAGUCUCCAAGAGUGCUUGGCUCACUGCCUAUGAAGAUCCAAUGAUUGACAAGAUCAACCAGAGAAUUGAAGAUCUCACAGGGCUGGAAAUGGACACUGCAGAAGAGCUGCAGGUUGCAAAUUAUGGUGUUGGAGGUCAAUACGAACCUCACUUUGACUUUGGAAGGAAAGAUGAGCCAGAUGCCUUUAAAGAGCUUGGCACUGGGAACCGCAUAGCAACAUGGCUCUUCUACAUGAGUGAUGUAGCAGCUGGUGGAGCCACAGUAUUCCCAGAUGUUGGUGCAGCAGUUUGGCCCCAAAAGGGCACCGCAGUGUUCUGGUACAAUCUGUUUGCCAGCGGGGAGGGAGACUACAGCACCCGACAUGCAGCUUGUCCAGUGUUGGUCGGCAACAAGUGGGUAUCAAACAAAUGGAUCCAUGAACGAGGCCAGGAAUGGCGGCGACCUUGUGGCCUCAGUGAAAGUGAAUAAUGGAAAAACCUCCCUGCCCCUCUCUCCCCUUCCUUGUGAACCACCCAGGACCAAAGAACACUGCUGCAGAUCACAGAUGAUACAUGGGGUCCAAAUAGCUCACUCCCUCACUACAAACACUCCCUUUUUUCCCCCAGCUGUUAUGCUCUGAGCCCUGAGAUUGUUUGGGUUAAUGUCGAGCCCCUUGGACAGUACUAACAUCGCUGUGAGAGAUAACACGUUCUUAAGGUUGUUGGAUGGUUUUGAGAAACACUCGUGCCCUUUUCACUCCCAUGUGUCCUUCUUUGCACUCUGUAUGAACUCUAGCUCUGUGGUGAGGUUAUCCUUCAGUAGUGACUGUAGGGACCAGCCCUGCCUGUUUGAACCUUAAAGGGACAGUUCAGCUUUUUAAGAGACUUGUCUGGUUAAUUGUAUUCCUUUCAUUUCAGUAGCAGAGCACUUGGGCCUGUGGUUUUUGGGAAAAUUAAAGGAUUCUUCUUUUUUUUUUUUUUUUUACAUUUUGAACAACAGGGCUGCAAAAUAUUUCUUAGUAAAAUUGUUUUUCUCAAACUGGCUUAUUAUUAAUUGUGACCUUUCCUUGCAUUUGACUUUACAAUAGGUAUGCAGCAAGAUCCCAGCAUUUCUCUCUUUAUUUACAUGUGGUAGCGACCUAUGCUUCCGAUAACCUAGAAUCAAAAACCAAAGUAGGUGCUCUGUGGAAGGAAUGAAAGGACACACAGCACAUAAGAAAAUGUCCAAAAUAAAAAGUUGAAAUCUGACCGCAGUCCAGGGUAGUGUUUGGUUGAAGAUAACACUUUAUUCCCUAUAAGUUGUGUAACUAAUCACAUCUGAUGCAACCGACAUAAGUGCAGUACAUUUUGACAUAUCACACUUUGUUGGUCUGCCUCAAACUGUGUUUUUUUUACUCAUUUGAAUGGUCACACUAUUAAGAUUUAGAUGUUAGAUGUAUUGUAGUUGAACAUAAGGUGUGUACAAAUGCACGGGCAAACUUACAGUGAACACAGAGAGUGACGUACAUCCCAAUUCUGCAUAGAGGUUUAGUGUUUAUAUUUAACAUGUUCAAAUUGUUCAUCCUGAGUGACCAUCAGCUGUCAGAGCAACAAAAACGAAUAGAACAUGUACUGGAUACACCACAUUGUGCCAUGACAGGUUUAAAUACCCUGUUAUUUUAUAGAGUGAAUGAUUCUGGUGGGGCUUGUAACAGUGUUAGUGGUGACCAGUGUUAGAAUAUAUGGGCUUCCAAGGAAGAAACAUUAUUUAUAUGUCCCAAGCCAGUUUUGUGUUGUUUUUUUUUUCUACAAUAAAGACUAUUUUAUUGAUCUCAAGUUAAUAAA